CGGGGGCAGCGGGCGGCGCCGUGCGGCAGGGGUCGCGGGGGACCCGGCGGGCACGGCAGCCCCGGGCGCCCGGCGGAGCUGAGCCGCCCCGCGAGCGCGCAGCCGGCCGAGCUGCGGGGCAGGCAGAUGCAGAUAAAACAAUGUCUGCCAACCUAAAAUACCUUUCCUUGGGAAUUUUGGUCUUUCAGACGACCAGUUUGGUUCUAACAAUGCGCUAUUCUAGGACUUUGAAAGAGGAGGGACCUCGUUAUCUGUCUUCUACAGCAGUGGUUGUUGCUGAAAUUUUGAAGAUAAUGGCCUGCAUUUUAUUAGUCUACAAAGAGAGCCAAUGUAGUCUGAGAGCACUGAAUCGAAUCCUAAAUGAUGAAAUCCUUAAUAAACCUAUGGAAACGAUCAAACUUGCUAUUCCAUCAGGGAUAUAUACUCUUCAGAACAAUUUACUCUAUGUGGCAUUGUCAAAUCUAGAUGCAGCUACCUAUCAGGUCACGUAUCAGUUGAAAAUUCUUACAACAGCACUCUUUUCUGUGUCUAUGCUUAGUAAGAAAUUAGGUGUGUACCAGUGGCUCUCCCUGGUAAUUCUGAUGACAGGAGUUGCUUUUGUACAGUGGCCCUCAGAUUCGCAAGAGCUGGAUUCUAAGGAGCUUUCGGCUGGCUCUCAGUUUGUGGGCCUCAUGGCAGUUCUCACAGCAUGUUUUUCAAGUGGCUUUGCUGGGGUUUACUUUGAGAAAAUCUUAAAAGAAACCAAACAGUCGGUGUGGAUAAGAAACAUUCAACUGGGUUUCUUUGGGAGUAUAUUUGGAUUAAUGGGUGUAUACAUUUAUGAUGGAGAAUUGGUAUCAAAAAAUGGUUUUUUUCAGGGAUAUAACCGACUGACCUGGAUAGUUGUUGCUCUUCAGGCACUUGGAGGCCUUGUAAUAGCUGCUGUUAUAAAGUAUGCAGAUAACAUUUUGAAAGGAUUUGCAACCUCUUUAUCCAUAAUAUUAUCAACACUGAUAUCCUAUUUUUGGCUACAAGAUUUUGUGCCAACCAGUGUCUUUUUCCUUGGAGCCAUCCUUGUAAUAGCAGCUACUUUCCUAUAUGGUUAUGACCCCAGACCUGCAGGAAAUCUCACUAAAGCAUAGCCGAGUGCUCUCUCUCACUGGCUUGUCACAGUGGUGCCCUGGGGAUUGCAACAUUCAACUCACACAGAGGACUUCUGCAGAUUCUGAGAAG